AUGGCAACCAGUUCGGCGGCGACUUUGGAAGAUGUGCCAUCCAUGGAUCUUAUGACCGAGCUUCUCCGCCGCAUGAAGUGCGCUUCCAAGCCUGAUAAGCGCCUUAUUCUCAUCGGUCCUCCUGGGUCAGGGAAAGGUACUCAAUCACCAAUAAUCAAGGAUGAGUUCUGCUUAUGCCACUUGGCAACUGGGGACAUGCUGAGAGCUGCUGUUGCAGCUAAAACUCCUCUUGGAGUUAAGGCUAAGGAGGCUAUGGACAAGGGACAACUUGUUUCUGAUGACUUGGUGGUUGGAAUUAUUGAUGAAGCAGUCAAGAAGCCCUCUUGUCAGAAAGGCUUCAUUCUUGAUGGGUUCCCUAGAACUGUGGUCCAAGCAAAGAAGCUUGAUGAGAUGCUUGAGAAGCAAGGAGUUAAAGUUGAUAAGGUGCUGAAUUUUGCUAUUGAUGAUGCUAUUUUGGAAGAGAGGAUUACGGGUCGUUGGAUCCACCCUUCUAGUGGUAGAACCUACCACACGAAAUUUGCACCUCCAAAAUCCCCAGGCGUUGAUGAUGUAACUGGAGAGCCUUUGAUUCAACGUAAAGAUGAUACCGCUGCAGUCCUCAAGUCAAGGCUGGAUGCCUUCCACAAGCAGACUGAACCAGUUAUUAGCUAUUACAAGCAGAAGGGCGUUGUUGCGGAUCUUCAUGCUGAGAAACCUCCCAAAGAGGUUACAGUUGAGGUUGAGAAAGUGCUUUCCUGA